AAGAGUUAAGGAGUCCAGCUGACAGUCAGCUGAGAAAAAAAAACAAAAAAAACUUUUGGCUCCUGUUCUGAUUAUGUUAAUGAGAAUAGAGAAAGAAUCCGAUUGGCUGUUCCUCCUAGUGAAUUCCGGGUUGGGGCCGUGCCGUCAGAGCGCCUAUAAAACUCAGCAAUGCUUUUAAACUCAUCUGCUGUUGUGUUGGCUUUACAAAAUAACUUCCACACCUUCUACACGUCCGAGAGUCUGCAAGUGUAUUAUUUCCUCAUUUUCUUUUUUAGAAAAAAAAAAGUUAAAUACAAAACCUUCUCUCGGUUGCUCUUUGUGCAGGCUGCACGAUGUGAUUCAGGACGGGAGCGCGCACCGAAAGUCUUCCAUGUCCGAAAAGCAAAAGAGAGAGCGAGAGAGAGAGAGAGAGAGAGAGAGAGAGAAAGAGUGAGAGAGAGAUAGAUUGAAGAUCUGCAGCUGGGAUCUCGGAUGCGUCUGCAGGACAGCACUGUGCGUAAAGGUUGGAGUUAAAAGAAGAAGAAAGAAAAAAGACUUCGUUUUGCAAUCUUUCUUAUUUUUUUAUUUUUUUAUUGUUGUUGUUUUUUUUUUUAUAUAUCACGAACGGGAACAAGAAAAGCCAUCAAGCUGGCUCACCCUGUCCCGGCUCACACCGCGCUGACAGCCGCUCUACAGCCUCUGUGGAGGAGCGCUAACGGGAAGCGCAUGACGUCCGAGAUGGCGCUGAGCUCCGGCGAGCUGCCCACCAGCCCUCUCGCCAUGGAGUACGUGAACGACUUCGACCUGAUGAAGUUCGAGGUGAAGAAGGAGCCGGCGGAGACCGAGCGCGUUGGUCUGACCCAGUGCGGGCGCCUGCUCGCCGGAGGCUCCCUUUCGUCGACGCCGAUGAGUACACCGUGCAGCUCGGUGCCGCCCUCUCCGAGCUUCUCGGCGCCUAGUCCCGGAUCAGGGGGCGAGCCUAAAGCGCACUUGGAGGACUUUUACUGGAUGGGUGGCUACGUUCAGCAGCAGCAGCAGCAACAGCAGCAGCAGCAGCACCAACACCAACACCAACAUCAACCUCAAGCUCCACAGCAGCAGCAGCAGCAGCAGCAGCAGGCGCCCCUGAACGCAGAGGCGCUCGGCUUCGGCUCGGAGGACGCCAUGGAGGCGCUGAUCAGCAGCGCGCACCAGCUGCACGCCUUCGAUGGCUACGCGCGGGCGCAGCAGUUUGCCGGCGCCGAGGAAGUCGGGCCGGCCGCCGCCGUGGUCUCGGCCGUGAUCGCAGCCACGGCGCCUCACCAACACCACCAACACCACCACCAGCAGCACCACCAGCACCAUCACCAUCACGGCGGCAGCGGCGCGCAUCCAUCCGGCGCCUCAAGCAACCACAGUCACAACCAUCACCAUCAUCAUCCGCAGCAGCACCAAGAGCAGCAGCACGGACUCGGGAGCGCGGACGAUCGCUUCUCGGACGAGCAGCUCGUCACCAUGUCGGUGCGCGAGCUGAACCGGCAGCUGCGCGGCGUCAGCAAGGAGGAGGUGAUCCGCCUGAAGCAGAAGCGGCGGACGCUGAAGAACCGCGGCUACGCGCAGUCGUGCCGCUUCAAGCGAGUCCAGCAGCGGCACGUGCUCGAGGGCGAGAAGACGCAGCUGAUUCAGCAGGUCGAGCACCUCAAGCAGGAGAUCUCGCGCCUCGUGCGCGAGCGCGACGCCUACAAGGAGAAGUACGAGAAGCUCGUGGUGGGCAGCGGCUUCCGCGAGAGCGGUUCGAGCAGCGACAACAACCCGUCGUCGCCGGAGUUUUUCAUGUGAGUUUGCGCACACUAUCAUUACAGCCAACAACAUCAACAACAACAACAACAAAAAGCUAACGCAAAAGCAGGCAAAAAAUCAUAGAAAGAAAGAGCAAAGUUUUUUGUCCCUUGGUAGAUUUUUUUAUCAUUAUAUUUUUGUUCAUUUCCUUUUUUAAAUUCCGGAUUUUGCAAUUCUUAAAAAAAAAAAGAAAAAAAAAAAAAAGAAAAAAAAACACCCAGUGUCUCCCUUUUAUUAAUUUUUAUACCCUGAACUUUUCCCUCUUUUUUAUGUUUGUUUUUUGAGCUUCUUCUCCUUUUUUUGUCCCUGAAAGUGUGCACUCGUCUUCACCCAGCCUGAGGUGUCUUUUCCCCCCAAAACAUUCAGAAGCAUUUCUAUUUUUUGAUAAUCUGUGCAUGCACCCAGAUGUUCAGACAUUUCUAAAAAAAAAAAAAACAAACAAACAAACAAACAAA